AUGGCGCCGGUAGGUCGAUCCUACGGUGUUUCGGUAAGACCACCAGCUAGGACUGACUUCGGUCGAGCGGUCGCCAGGAGCUGCAGCCGACGCCUACUAAGAACUCUCAUCAACGAGUGUCACAUUCGCCUGGGAAAGUACAGCAGGGAAAUCGAAAGGGAAAAGACAGCAUGUGCAUCAUACCUCGAGAUGGAACCCUUAAGAAACUUGCAGAGCUGGAUCUCGAGUAAGGUGAGCAGCGAGCGAGAGAAGAAGAGGGCCCAACUCCCGAACAAAAUGAGUAGUCUAAAGGAAGCACAAGCCACACUACCGGAACCACCCUCCGUCCACAACCUGUCAUCAAAACAGCUGACAGACGACCAGAUUAAAGUGUUUCAGCACGAAUCAGGCUACAACACAGGGGACGCACACACAGUGGAUUUUAUCGCUGCUCUUGAAGCGACACUCUCAAAGACGAAGGCCACAGAGGACACCAAGAACUCGAUUCGCCAACGAGUCGCAUCACUCAUCAUAUCCCACAGGCCACGUCGAACCAUCUCCUCAGCCGAGGUAAAUGCCAUUAAAGAAUUAAAGAGAGACGAAGACAUUGUGAUUGUCCCAGCAGACAAAGGACGGGCAACCGUGAUCCUGGACAAGUCAGAGUGCGUAGCGAAAACUCAGGAGCUACUCAACGAUAACCAGUCAUACAAGGUCAUUGACUCCGACCCCAUGAAAACACUGGUGGCAAAAAUCAACAAGAGUCUGAGUCUAAUGAGGAACCAGCAGGCAAUAUCUGAGACCGAUUGGCGACAGAUGAAACCGCAAGAUGCUGCCAUAGCACGCUUCUAUGGUCUGCCAAAGAUCCACAAACCAAGCGUCCCCUUACGGCCAAUUGUGGCGCUGAAAGGCACACCUACCUACGGUCUGGCUAAGUGGCUUACCAAACAUCUGAAGAAGCUGACGGUGGGCUCAGAACACACAGCUGUAUCCCCAUCACACUUCCUGGAAAGACUCCGAGGCGUCAAAAUAGCCCCCAAUGAAAUAAUGGUGUCCUUCGACGUCGUCUCUCUUUUCACCUCCAUCCCUAAAGAAUUAGCCACGAGGAUCAUAAAUGACCUACUGGAGAGGAGGUAA